AUGUCUUGCAAGGAACACACCACGAUAGACCUAGCAGCCAUGGCAUAUUGGAUGUACAUGUCUUGCAAGGAACACACCACGAUAGACCUAGCAGCCAUGGCAUAUUGGAUGUACAUGUCGUGCAAGGAACACACCACGAUAGACCUAGAAGCCAUGGCAUAUUGGAUGUACAUGUCUUGCAAGGAACACACGACGAUAGACCUAGCAGCCAUGGCAUACUGGAAGCAGAUGUCUUGCAAGGUACACACCACGAUAGACCAAGCAGCCAUGGCAUAUUGGAUGUACAUGUCUUGCAAGGUACACACCACGAUAGACCAAGCAGCCAUGGCAUAUUGGAUGUACAAAUCUUGCAAGGCACACACCACGAUAGACCUAGCAGCCAUGGCAUAUUGGAUGUACAUGUCUCGCAAGGAACACACGACGAUAGACCUAGCAGCCAUGGCAUAUUGGAUGUACAUGUCUCGCAAGGAACACACGACGAUAGACCUAGUAGACACGGCAUAUUGA